GACUGAAGGUAUCAAUGGUUAUGUCACCAACUCAGCGACCAAAGGGUGUGCUUGGUUUCUGGGCAUCCUUGAUGACGGCAUUGGGGAAUAUGGAAAAUAUGCCAGUGAGGAUACACCAGAGGUUUGUGGAAAAUGUUUCUAUGCGACAAAGUGCUAUUAUCAGUAAUGCUACCUCAAAUGUACAAAAGGAUCUUCUUAGCCAACCUCUACAGCUGCUUUCUGGCGUGGAUAUUCUUGGGAAUGCAAGCAGUGCACUUGAACACAUGAGUAAAGGUGCUGCAGCUAUAUCAAUGGAUAAGAAAUUUAUCCAGAGCCGACAAAGACAGGAGAAAGUGGGUGCGAGAAAGUGGGUGCACGUGACUUUGGUGAUGUUGUCCGAGAAGGAGGUGGAGCACUUGCAAAAAGCCUAUUCAGAGGAGUAA